AUGUACCCAAAUGAAAAGGUAAGGAAUAAGACAUCUGAUGCUAUUAGCAGUAGUCUCUCCCGAAUAAAUGUAGUUAAGAUUUCAGAUAAAAAUUUCUCCAUUGACCUAUCUAAAGCGAUUCUUAGAAUCAUUUUGUCUCAAAAUGCCAGGGAGCAACUUGUUAAACCUAGGCAAAAAGCGGUUGUGGUUAGACUUAUGGGGAAGACUAUUGGAUAUAGGGGUUUGUGUUCAAAGAUUCAAAUCUUAUUGAAGCAAGAAGGGGAUUACAAGGUUAUUGAUUUGUGCAAUGAGUAUUUCCUGGUGAAUUUUGCAGAUAAAAUGGAUCAUUAUAAGUCUCUGCUGAAAGGACCAUGGUUGGCACGAGGGCAUUGUUUAACAGUGCAACCUUGGAGUUUUCAGUUUGAUACUUCCAAUGAAAACCUAUCCUCAGUAUUGGUGUGGGUGAGAUUCCCAAAUAUGCCUCUUCACUUGUACCAUAAGAAAGUUUUACGUACGAUUGCGGGAUUGAUCGAUAUGUUGGUCAAAAUAAAUUAUAACACUAUGGAUGUUGUUAGGGGCAAGUUCGCUAGAAUUGCUAUCUCUGUGGACUUAACAAAACCACUUCUGGCAAAAUUCAGUGUUGAAGAUAGAGUGCAAAUUGUUGAGUAUGAAGGGCUUCAAAAUGAGUGCUUUACUUGCGGGGGUUACGAUCAUUCGAAGGAAUUCUGUCACGUUCAUGCUUUGGUUGUUAGUAGAGAGGGAGCUAGUAAGAAUGACAGUGGUGCAGGGGGUGCUAAAAUACAGGAGAACACUUCGACGGAGGAAGAAAAUUUUAGGAAGUGA